CGUCAUCUUUAUCAUCACCAGGAAGUUUACAUUUGGCUGUCACUACAGUAGAUACAGGAUGGGAGGCUUAGCUGCUCUUCUUUAAAAGAGCGCCAUGGGUAACACAGAGUGUGUGGUGGCGCAGAAGCGGCUGGCCCGCUUCCGCCCCGAGGAGCGGCCUGCGGUUGAGGGGGUCUUCGACAGGCUCCAGGGCGGUGCUGGGGGCCCUUCAGGAGCCUCAGGGAAAACACCAGCAGGGAAGACAAUAACACUUGAGAUGCUGCAGUCCUCGAUGGGCAGCCUGGCACCAGACUCCAUGGUGAGGAGGGUCUACCAGUGCAUGUGUGGUAUCGACCCUGGACUGGCAGCACCCGCAGCCUCUGGGAAGACCAGCACCUCCACUUCCACCUCUGGAGUAGGCAGAGAGCAAUUGGUCAUCUUCCUAGCGGACACCUUGCGAGGCACUGCGGAAGAACGGGCCCCUCUAGUCCUGGCCAUGUCUCAGCAUGGAGGGGGUCCAGCAGCGGUUGUCACAUGUGAGCAGGUAGCAGAGUUCCUUAAGGACCUGAUUUCUGCUGUAGUUCAGAUUCUGGUCCACAGAGGGCGUCUGCAGGGCUGGAAGCCAGAGAGAAUGGGUGAUGGCUCCCUGGGUGUUAAACUCCUGGCUGAGCAGAUGUGUUCUGAACUCAAACCCUCAGAUCAGGGAGGGUGUGAUGUUUCCUGUCUGGAGGACUGGGUCUUCAGGGUAUCCCAGGUAUCAUUGUACCUGGAGAUGCUGGUAGCUGAGGGCCUAAACUUGUCCCUGAGCGGCCGGCCGGCCCCCACCCUGCUGCCCCCCUGCAGGGAGACGCCCUGGAAAGAGCUGAUGUGUCUGCUGGAUCUUCCCACCCUCAUGUUUCUGGCACCGCAGUUGCCAGACAGCUACAGCGCCCCCUGGAGACUCGUGUUUUCCACGCGGCUGCAUGGGGAGAGCUUCACCAGGAUGGUGGCUGGACUGUUGAAGUGUGGGCCCACCCUGCUGCUUAUCAGAGACACAAAGGGACAUGUUUUUGGGGGCUUUGCCUCCCAUGCCUGGGAGGUCAAACCCCAGUUCCAGGGUGACUCCAGAUGCUUCCUGUUCACUGUGUUCCCCAGACUGAGAGUUUAUACAGCAACAGGAUACAACCAACACUUCAUGUACCUCAACCAGAAUCAGCAGACCAUGCCCAACGGACUGGGCAUGGGUGGUCAGCACAGCUACUUUGGUCUGUGGCUGGACAGUGAAUUUGGCCAUGGUCACAGCCGUGCGCGGCCCAAGUGCACCACCUACGGUAGCCCUCAGCUCUCUGGAGAGGAAGACUUCACCCUGGACUCAAUGGAAGUGUGGGCGGUCGGAAAACCCCCAGAACCAGAGGAGGGUGAGGAGGGGGAGGGCAAGAGGAGCAUCCUGGAUGUAGAUCCAGAGGUCCAGGCGAUGAUGGAGAUGACAGGGAAGACUCUGCACAGUCGGGGCCUCAGGGAGCCAGAGGAGGACCAGGAGCAGUGAGGGGCAACAAUGGACAUACAAAACGCUAUUACCUUAUUGAGGCUCCCGGUCUGCAGGGUACUGACACAAGCUGGGAUUUUAUCAUCUGACAUAGCUGGAUAAGAUUUACAUGUGACUUUCAGACAUGUCUCUAAUACACACAGUGAUAUCAGGUUUCUCUUAAUGACACACAACAAUACAGCCAUGCUCAUGUCUACACAGAUCAGAUCGUAAAGAUGGUGCUGGCUAUGGAAGACACAACAUAAACCAGGCUAACAAAGCCUAAACUAGGUCUAAAGGCAGCUCAUAAGCGCUCUUUACAGUCUGAUUGAACCCUUUCUCUCACACCCACACACACACAUACAAAGUGAUAAAUGUUUCAUGGGUGUGUUCACACUUUAAAUCAAGCGGCACUGGUGAUAGGAGAAAACUUUUAAAGGGGGGGAAGGGGGGUAGAGAGAGAGGGGAUGACAUGCAGCAAAGGGCCACAGGUCGGAUUCGAACCUGAGCUGCUGCGUAUAUCGGUCGCCAGCUCUACCAACUGAGCUAACUGGGUGCCCGAAAACUCUUUUUUUUAUGAUUAUUCAAGAAAUAACACACAGGGAAAUCAGCCUCUUUGCCAGUCAGUAGCCUCAGUCAACCAGAAUGCAAUGCACCCACAUCAUCACUAUUGAAAUCUCUCACUGAAGUAUUAGGUUGAGGAAAGGGAGCACAACAGAACAGUAAGCUACACCAUUAAUAAUUAUGUAUAACAGUAAAAUAAAACACAGAAUUAUCCUGAAGGUCCUCUUAAACUCAUUUCAGAAAAGUAUAACUGAAUUGCUGUGUGACAAGUUAUUUUAUUGCUACAGUAUUGAUAAACCCUCAGGUUUAGGGCACAUAAUCUGACAUGAGCCUGUUUCUGUCUCUGUAGCUUGUUCAGCGUCUGAGCCAUCACAUUUAUGUAUGAUCCUUCAUAAGUGGUUUACCGUUCAGGGAAUAUCUCGAAUACAAGAGGAUACAUCAACUGUUUGUUCAACUACCAGGGAUUCCACUGUAAAUACUUCAUCCCUAAACUAAAAAAGAAGGAAGGGUCAUUACACCAUAACCCCAACAUUCUAACAGUGCUGUAAUCAUUUCCAGUACUUGAUGACAAUGGUGAGGUAGCCAGGUAACCAUGGUUACCAGGCAGCUAAUGUCCAUACCCAUUCUAUCCAGGAUUUUGUUUUGAAGGAGGAAGUUACUUCAGAAAAGAAACAUAUGCUGGACACUGUCGAGACCAACUAGAAUAUUUUUAUAUACUACAGAACAGCAUUCUAAUACUGUUUGGUUCAAGUUCCAUUGAAGCCUAUGGGAGAUGCACGGAGAAGCACACUAAAACAUAUCUACAUCUAUGACCUUUGAUGCGUUUGAAGAAAUGCCUCUACUAAGAAGAACACAUUUGUGCAUUUGUUUGUUCACCCUUGGUCUCCCAGUAUCCAAAGCUGGUUAUCGGUAUACUUCACUAGGUAUUCACAUGGCGAGUCACAUUAAAGAUACAACGGAUACACCAGCCAUGUUAAACCACCAUGUUUCUACUGUAGCCCAAAACGGAUAAAUCAAAUACAGAUUGCUGUAGUUUCCCCCGUAUGCUUUGAAAUGGAGGAUGAAGAGAGUGAGUUGCAAUCUGCAACUACACUGCCAGAUGCCACUAAAUCCUACACACUGGUCCUUUAAACUGCUUUCAUGAGGGUCUUAAAAAGGUCUCAAAAUGUCUCAAAUUGAACCUGUUGAAACCUGCAGAAACCCUGAAUAUAGUGUUUGAAGUUGAUUUUCUGUGUGUGUGUGUGUAGUGUGUGUGUUGCUUGUGUUAAAAUAAGAGGGCGACUGGAGGUUGCACCUGCUUUCGUUCACGUGUCUGUGGUAAUCAGCUUAGUUAGCAUGACUCUUUAUUUGGUCAUGUCUGACUUUGCCGUACAGGCUGUAAAAUGUUUCCAUUAACAUAAACGACAAGAUCUCCACAUUGACACUUUUAAUUGUACUAAUACAAACACCUGCUCAGAGGCUGAAAGGCAACUCUGUAGUUACCCCCUCCCAUCUCCUCUGUUCUGCUAUCAUGCAAAUUACUGAGGCAAGUUACACAUGCAAAUCUGUUAUAUGAGCUUAUAGCAAUUCACACAGUGGCAUGAAGGUCUGGGCUCUGUAGAUAAUGUUUACACUGGUCUUUAUAUUUGUGUAUGGAAAUGAUUUUAUUAUUUUAUUCCCAGGUAUGUGACAAUAUCUUGAGCAACAGGAUCAGCUCAUUAUAUGCUCUUCAUUGCCCUCUCCUUCCCCAAGCUAGAUGCUGUUGUGACAACUGUGCAUUUAUUGUAUGGACUUUCGCCCUCUAUCCCAUAAUCUAUCAAUAAAUCAAUGGAUCAAACUUUA